AAAACAAACAACCUGCUCGAAACAACUUUCCAACAAGCUCUCCAUGUCACCGGGAUAAUUACGGCUCUGAUCUCGCCCAUUAACCGCUGCCCACCUUUGCUACCUUGUCUCUCCACCCACUCGCCUUUCGGAUCAGGGGUGAAGCUCCGCCUCCGCUGAGGCUGCAAAGGGUUAUAUUGGGCCGGUCUGAAGGUGGAGGAGAAACGGAUCGAGGAAAAGGGAGGGAGAUAAUCACAAUAAUGCUAAUAGUAAUAAAAACCUGGCUGCCACUGCUGCGGCCUCGGGGAGUGAGUCCAGCAGAGCAAGACUGAAGGCCCUAGGAUCCCCUCAGCCCGUGGGGGUAUCAGCACUUCUACCACGGGGAAAACGCUCGAGAAGAAAGCGGGAGAAGGUGCAAUCAUAAAGCUCAUUUUUUGGAAUCAUAUAUAUCUUUUUCCCUCCCACUGCCAUCAUGGACAGCGAUACAAAUCUCUUCUACCGCAGGAGACGAAGGAACUAAUUUUUUUCCCCCGACGGAUGACGAAAUUUGAAAACACCCUCAGUCUGACAAACUCAUCCAGAACCAGCGCAGCCUGGGUACAAGGGUUUGUGUUCCCUCCCCUCCCCCUUCCAGGAGUACUAAUUCCUCCGACAGGAGACAGCACCCAUUUCACAUCCCUACACACCACCUUAAUCCAACAACCAGGGAUUACAGCCCCUUCAAAAUCCAGCGGAAGAGGAUCCGCAUAGCCCACUGAACCACCGCCACUUUUCUCUUAAGAAGGAAAGGGAGUGCGUCCGAAGGAGGCCAGGCAAGACAGAUUCCAACGUCUCCUCCACCUGCAAACCUCCGACUGCGAUCCGGUGACUGAGGGAGCUGUCCGAAGGGAAAAAGCAAUAUAGUGGGGCAGGAAAAGGACGAGAUUAGGAAAGAGGAGUCUAAAGAGAAACAGAAGGGAUAGAAGAAAGGAGAGAGAGACAGAGAGACAGACAGAGAGACAGAGAGACAGAGAUAGAGAGACAGAGACAGAGAGAGACAGAGACAGAGAGAGACAGAGAGAGAGACAGACAGACAGACAGAGACAGACAGAGAGAAAGAGAGACAGAGACAGAGAGAGGCAGACAGACAGAGAGAGAGAGAGAGAGACAGAGAGAGGUGGUAAGUGGGAUGAAGUUAGAAGUCUUCGCCCCCCGCACCUCUUACGAGGAGAAGACGACUAGCGACCUGGAAGGCGUUGGCGGCAGUUGUGCCGCGUCGCCUCUCUCGGCUGCUGGUGAGGACGACCUGGGGUCGGAUGGGGACUGCGCAGCCAAUAGCCCCAAUAGCCCGUCCUGCAGCAUCAGCACCAGCAGCAGUUCAGGGGAAUUGGUGGCUCACUGCAGCCACAGCAUCAGCAGCGGAGGCGAAGGGAGUGAGAGCGGCUGCUCUGGGGAAGACCCCUCAUUGGCAGCCCCGGCCACCGAAGGCGAUGCGAAUGAACCAGGAGGAAACUCCGGCGGGAGCAGUAGCAGCAGCGGCGUCGGAGGUAACCCCAGCGGCAGCAACUGCGAGGGAGGAGGUGGGCGAAGCAAACCCUACACGCGGCGACCUAAGCCCCCUUACUCUUAUAUCGCGCUCAUUGCCAUGGCCAUUCGCGACUCGGCCGGUGGCCGCCUGACGCUAGCCGAGAUCAACGAGUAUCUCAUGGGCAAGUUCCCCUUUUUCCGCGGCAGCUACACCGGCUGGCGCAAUUCUGUGCGGCACAACCUCUCGCUUAACGAUUGCUUCGUCAAGGUGCUGCGCGACCCUUCCCGACCCUGGGGCAAGGACAACUACUGGAUGCUCAACCCCAAUAGCGAGUACACUUUCGCGGACGGGGUCUUCCGCCGCCGCCGCAAGAGGCUCAGUCACAAGGCAGCGGCGCCCUCGUCUCUGCAGCCAGAGGAGAGCGCUCCGGCCGCGGCUGCCGCUGCCGCUGCUGCUGCGGCUGCAGCUGUGGCAGCCGCUCACCCGGCCGGCGCCGCCCGCCUGCUGCUGCAGCCACCACCUCCACCUCCCCCGACCUCUGCGGGCCGUGGCACUGGCGGCGGCGGCGGCGGCGGCGGCAGUGACUGCAGCGCAGCGCCCUCUGCUUCCACCUCCUCCUCGUCUCUGUCUCCGUCCUCCUGCUCCCGGGGCUGCAAGGAGGAAAACACGAGCCCCGCAGGCAAGUUCUCCAGUUCCUUCGCCAUUGACAGUAUCCUCAGCAAGCCCUUCCGCCGCCGCGGAGACCAGGUCGCAGAGACCCGAGCCUACCCACAGCCCGCAAGGCUGCUGUGGUCGGCUGCCGCCGGAGCUUCCUCCUUACGGGGCGCUGCUGGAUACCCGAACUUAACCGCCUUCCCUCCAGCCCCGCACCCACAGCAGUCCCCGCUGUUCCCUAGGGGAGGUGCGCGGGCGGUCGCCGCAAGCGGGACCCUCUUGCAGCUGUACGCCUACGGAAUGGGUGAACCCGUGCUCCUGGAGACUCGAAGGAGGGAGGCGCCGCUGGCUCCGGCUUCCGAGCCUCCCGCGGAGCAGCCCCAGGCUCCACAGCUAUUCCUUACGCCUCCCUUCUCCACAGCCCCGGCCAAGGCUUUCCGAAGCCCGCUGGCUGCGGGCAGUUCGCAGUUGUACUGCCCCCUCCGGUUAUCCGGAGCCUUACAAGCAGCCUCAGGAUGUGGCCCCAGCACUUACCAACCUUACCCCAUGGAGACUCUUCUUGCCUAAAUGGGGAAUAUGGGGGUGAGAGAAGGUGGUGGGAUUUGGGCUGGGGAAUGGGCGGAGGAGAAGAGAGAAAAAUCCGAGCUCUGGGUUUUACGCUUUCUACCCAGACUUAAAAAAUCUAAAUUUCACGUGCCUUAAAGCCAAUGCAUUUUCAACAGAUGUUCUAACUUAAUGAGUCCAAAAAAGUUUUAUUUUGUCUUUUAGUGGACCAAAGCGAUUCUUAAUCAUUGUUUUAAACUACUUGACUAAGACUUGUCCUCUCUUCUUUAUCCCUUAGUCCCUAACCUUUCUGCCCUUACAUUUCUCCCUUGAUUCUCCCUAGGCAAAAGAAAUUUGCAGCUUGAUCAGGGAAAAACUCCAUAAGAUAUAUAAUGAGACUACUGUUUGGGGCACCCUGGGCCCCACUGUGUGUGUAUGGUUGCUUUUGCUCGUGUGUUUGAGAGUGAGAAUGACAGAGUUUUUAAGUCAGUUCUCUGCUAUAAACCAAUGCAUCACUGUGCCAAAAGAAAAAAAGAAAACUGCAUAACUCUAAGGGAAUUUGUUGAUGGAUUUUUUCUAAUUAAAUUAUUUAUAUAAAAGAAAACCUUUGAAUUGAAAAUGUUGCAGGCAACGGGCUACAUACAGCUUUAUUUGUGGUUCAGCGAUAUCAAACUGUGGUCCUUUGAGACUAAGCAGUUACUUUAAAAAUUAGCAUUAUAAAUUAUGUGCAGUGCCAGGACCACUGCCACUAGAAAACAGGUGUGAUUUUUAUUUUUAAUUUUAUUUUAUUUGUAUCUGUGUACAUACACUGUGUAAAUUUUAUGAAACUCGGGCAUAUGCUUAUUUUUGAAUAAAACUCACAAAACAGGCCUAA